AGUGUUGUGUUAUUGUUCGAUCGGCGGGCAUUGGGCGACCCACCCCUAAUGGAGUACUGGCUGGCCGGAGCUGCUUCAUUAGGACAAACCGACUCGUAACAGCAGACAGCAAACAUGGCUAGCAAGGCAAUUAAGAUACUUAUAAUAGGCGAAAGUCAAGUUGGCAAAUCCAGUCUCCUUUGUCGAUUCGUUGACAAUUAUUACGAGGACAACAAAAAGUCCACAGUUGCCAUAGACUGUAAGUGCGCCGAAAUAUGUGUAGAUGGUACAGAAUACAAGGUGGCACUGUGGGACACAGCUGGCGCCGAACAAUAUCGCACCUUAUCACCCAAUUUCUAUCGCAACGCGCACGGCGCCAUUCUCGUCUACGACAGCACCAGGCGGGAGACUCUCGUCAAACUGAAGCAGUGGUUCGAAGAUCUGGAGACUUUUUGCCACAAUCCCAACAUUGCCAUCAUGGUCGUUGGCAGCAAAAUCGAUGAGAAACGUGUUGUGGAUAGUGAGGAGGGUCGCAAAGUUGCACGCGAUCAUGGCGCACUCUUCAUCGAGACAUCGGCCAAAUGCGAUCUGUUUGUCAAAGAUGCGUUCAAUCAAAUUGUCAAAAAGAUUGUUUCGUCGGAACAUUUUGACAACCGCACUUCCCCCAACGUGGUGACUUUAGAUAAGAAGAAAGGCAGCGAUUCAAGUCCUUCUGCUCCUGCUUCUCCUUCUUGCUUUUCAUGCUAACGCUGCUAACGCUGGCUGCUGCGGCUCAAACUGCACUUAACAUCACGUGCAUACAUAUUAAGACUAACUGUAUGCUAUUUAUAUUAAGCCACGCAGGGCACCAAAUCCAAGCAUGUUAACAACUCAUAAACAACUAAAUGUCUUUGCUGCUGCUGCCAACAGCUGUAUUUAACUUCAUCUACCAUACUUGGUACGACUCAUUAAUAAAGAUCAGGUUGCGGGAGGUGCCUGCACCAGUGGCGCAAAUUA